AUGCCGAUUCAAGAAAUGAUGAGCCCAAUUUGCUCUCCGACUCAGGAGCUGACUAAAAUUACUCCAUGCAAGACCGGAAUUUCCAGUAUUCAUCCAAGUCCCAAUCGUACAGAAGCUGCGGCUGCCAUGAUGCAUCUGCUCAGUGGCAGCAAGAGCAAAGAGGCCACGAUUCGCUCCACUCUUCAUUCUAUUAAAACUAAGCGUAGAUACAUGCGGAGAGCUCCUAAGAAGAUUGGAACUUCCGCGAAAAGACAGAUCAAGACAGCGUGGAUUGACUCGGACGCGAUUGCAACCGGCAAACCUCCGAUAAAGUCCAACCGGAUCAAAGCGUUAGAGGACGAAGAUAAUGACCCUAAAAUUGGAGAGUGGCAAGUGGAAGGCGAUGACGCUAAAUCAUUUCCAUUUCGAGAGUAUAGUCGGAAGGACAAGUCGCUUGGUCUGCUGUGUGAGAAUUUCUUAAAAUUGUACCGGGAAGAUCAAAUACCCGAAAUUUGUCUGGAUCGAGCUGCGACGGAGCUGGGAGUGGAGCGAAGACGGAUAUAUGAUAUUGUAAAUAUUCUCGAAAGCAUUCACCUUGUGAGCCGUAAAAGUAAGAACCUUUACAACUGGCAUGGACUGAUGUCCCUCCCAACAAGUAUAAGUGAAAUGAAGCAAUAUUAUGCAGAUGUGCAGAACCUGUCAACAAACAACGUCGAGAACCAACCUACAAAAGGCGAUCGUCGAAGGGGCAAGUCAUUGUCGAAAUUAAGUCAGAUGUUCGUCCAGCUGUUUCUUGAAAAGGAGGACUGUAUCAUUCCACUGGAUGAAGCGGCUAAACAAUUGAUUCAGAUGGAAGACAGCGAAAGCGAAGAAGACCGUCUACUUAAAACUAAGAUCCGCCGACUAUACGACGUGGCCAAUGUAUUAGUAAGUGUCGGACUGAUCGAAAAGCUGCAGCUAUCCAGCUCGCGAAAACCCGUUUUUCGAUGGAAAGUGCGUAGUUCAGUGGCAAUAGUGAGCCUUCAUCGGCAUCGGCAUCAUCCUUUCGCUAUAGAUAAAGCAAAUUCAAACGAACCUGUUAAGCCUCUUUUGGCCGACAUAGCAAAUUCCGACAUACCACCAUUGAGCACCAUUACGGAAGAGACUGACAUCAUGAAGACUUCGCAAUCGUGCGACAGUGAUAUGUUUGACGGCAGCGAUUCUCAUUCAGACGAUAGCUGUCGCGAUUCCAAGCGGAAGCAACCGGAACAGGAUGUGAAUGACGUAAGAUUGUCCGACGGCGAAUCCUCUGCCAAGCGUUUUUGGGGAAAUGAGCGAACGGCAAGCAUAAGCAAAUGCUUGACGAAAGCUGUGGAUGAGAUAAAUUUGCUUCAAAUGGACGCCAGCAAUAAGCCUAUCCACCCCCGUAUAAUUCUCCGUCAACAGCAAGAGCGAGUCAAGUUAUACAUGGAUCAGUACGUCCGUGAGUAUGUUGCUUACAUGACUGCACACCAAGAGCUCUCCAUUGCUCCGACCAAUCCCGAAACCUCAGUGCCAGAGUCCAAAGAUUUUCAUGAAGACAAAGAGAACACCUAG